AUGGCACAAGCUCCCCAGGGUCAACCCGACGCCUUGAACGAAGGCCGACGUAUCUACCUAGGGAAUCUACCUUACCAGGCGAGCCCCUACGACAUCGAGAACCUUCUUGCCGCCAAUGGCUUCGAUAAAACAGAAAGUAUCCACAUCUCGGUUGAUCCCGUGAGCGCGAGGAACCCCGGCUACUGCUUCGUCGACUUCCCCGACAAGGCGACAGCCGACCGUGUUCUUACCUCCUUGAAUGCCCAGUUCAACGGACGGUCCGUCAAGGUCGGGCCAUGCGAGCCCAAGAAACAGCAGAACCGCCGCUUCGGCCGCGAGAACGAGUACGCCUUCAAUCGAUGGGGUGACUGGAACUCGCAGACCCACAAUAGCGAGACUACCGCCAGUCGAGGGAAUGGCCGAGGCAUUAAGCAGGGUCCAACCGGGGCCCUGCAUCAUUUCGAAGAUAUGGUAAAUAAGAAAGGCUGGAGACUCUUUGUCGGCGGGCUGGACAAGAUGAUCAAUCAAGCGCAACAUAAUAGUGAAAUCGCUGACUUAUUCGCUGCCUUCAAACCUGUCGCCAUUGGCAAACGCAUCACCCCAGACGAGUAUACGAGAUCGUUCCCGGGCAAGCACCACUACUGCUUCAUUGAUUUUGAAACGAAGGAGGACAUGGACGCUGCGAUUAAGACACUCAAUGGCAGUGUUUAUAUGGGGAGCCAGCUGAAGGUUCGCCCAGCAAAGGAGAUGCCGAAGGCACUAAAGGAUCGUCGUAUGGGGCUGGGAAGUAAUCGCCCUGAUGAGGAUGAAGGCAAAAUCCCUUAUUCGGACUAUGUAGCGGGGUCGAGUCGAGCCCUGGAAUCCAGUAACUGGCGCAGGAAGGGUACCUAG